GAGAAAAAGCCAUCAUGAAAGACAGAUAGGGCGGGUGUUGUUGUGAUAAACCACAAGAAAUUGCUGCUACGCAGAAGGAAAAGCAGUUGGUGCGGUGAACAGAAUUAUUAUUUUUUUUUUUUAUGCUGCUUUGAGAGUCGAGGCUGACAAACGAGCAGUCAUGAACGAGAACUUCGACCGAGCUCCCGGAGCAGGGAGAACCCGAAAUCUUCCAGCAGACCCCGGGCUCAUGGGCACCACCGAGGAUGGUGACACCAAAACCACGCUUUUCAACCAAAGGGAACCGUUGAGACAGCCGCGAACAUCCCCGCCCUUUUCCGAGAACAACAUUAGCACGGACAUUGGUGGUGGAGAUUUCAAAAGACAGAGCAAACCCCAACAAAGUACAAAUGCCAACAGUGCAUCUGACUCCAGAAGGAGUAAUGAAGUGGAUUCUAUGGUCAAAUCAUCAAAGCUUUCAGCCAGUGCCCCAGAGUUUGUCCCCUCCGGAAGUAACACGUAUGAAGACCCUGCUUUUUAUGAUGACAGCGAGAACUGUUACACUGAACCAACCUUGGCUGAAAUGGUCACAGAUUUUCUUGGCCACCUGAGUUCCUCACCAGGGUCCUUUGAGUCCGAUGUUGAACAGAUAGCUGGCAUGCUUAAUUCCUGGGUUACAACUGAGGAGUUGUUGCACGAGCUGGUGGAACUGAUCUACACACAGUCUACGGCCAUUCCAAACUUCUCGUACACGGGUGCUAGGCUCUGUAACUUCCUGUCCCAUCACCUCGCUAUCAGCCCACGCAGUGGCAACUUUCGUCAGCUGCUCCUGAAAAGAUGUCAAACAGAGUAUGAACAGAGGGAUGUAGCUGUCCGAGGAGACCCAGAGACUCAGAAGAAAUUCCACUCCUUUGUGCUCUUUCUAGGAGAGCUCUACCUUAACCUGGAGGUAAAGAGUGUAAAAGGACCUCCAAAUCGAGCAGAUAUCCUCCUCGAUGCUCUGCAAGAACUGAUGAAAAGUCUGUUCUCCAAUCCCGUGGAUGCAAAUCUUAUCUGCGCUGUUAAACUGCUAAAGCUGACAGGCUCUGUCCUGGAUGACGCAUGGAAAGGGAGUGGAAAACCCCACAUGGAAGAUCUAAUCCACAGAAUAGAAACUAUUCUACUAGAUGCCACCUGCAGCAGGGAUGUGCGACAGAUGCUUCUGAAACUUGUGGAGCUGAGAUCUAGUGACUGGGGCAGAGUUCGUGCUGCUGCAGCAGCCAGCAAUGCCACACCAGACAACGACCCCAACUACUUCAUGAAUGAACCUACAUUCUACACAGAAGAUGGCACGCCUUUCACCGCUGCAGACCCAGAAUAUGCUGAGAAAUACCAAGAGAUCAUGGACAGGCAGGACUAUUUCCAUGAUAUUUAUGGAGAAAAUGGAAAUGAAGAAUACGACGACUCUGAAGAUGAGUGGGAGCCCGAGAUGGAAGAAGCUUUUGAGAAUUUUUGUUUAGAAUCAGAGAGGAAACGACAACAAUGACGUGAGAGUGAGAAGCUGUGAGACUCAACAGGCACAUACUUUUCCCACUAAACCUGCAGGAAUGUUGAAAAGUAAAGGAAACUAGCUUCAGAUAGGUUCUAACUUUUGUUUUACUGCAAACAAGCAUUUUAACAAAAAAAAAAAGCUGUUCAUAGUUGCACUUCUGACACUUUUUCAGUCAGUGUUGAUUAGAAAAUGGGGACAAUCAACAGGAUAACUGUUUGAAGUAUUAAGAUUUUUCUGGACAAGGAAGUUCUCUCUUUGUUGUUUUGAAUUCAGAAACUUAUUUCCUUUUAAGCCUAAACUGAAUGCCAAGAGGGAAAUGGUGUGCUGUGGGUUUCUUUAGAGUUCUUUUCUGAAAGGCAGAUACGUUUCAUCAAAUGUGUGCUUAAUUUGUGGAAUACUAAUUAAUGCCCCAUGCAAGUACAGGCCGGUAAACUUAGAGAACUCACUGAUACGUAAUCUAAAUGGAAAUGCACUGUAGAUGGAUGAGGUGGGUGUUUUUACUACACACCUUUAUACAAUGCAUAUACAGCCUUUAUCUCUACUGUUGUGGAAUUGUGUCUCUUGUCAGGUUGCCAAAAUUGAACACUAUAUUCAAGGUUGUCACUCAGAAGUUUUCAGGAACUCUGUGAAAGGCUGUGCAGUUUGGAAAAUGCAAUACUUAACUGUAAUUUCAGUCACAAACUGGUAAGUCAAUAUAGGCACAAACCUAUUUUUUAAAUCUUUCUGUGGGUAAGGUCGACAUUUUAAGAAUUUUAGGUUGUAAGUAAAUGCUUCAAAAUUCUAUGAAUGCAGUGCAUCUUAAUCCAGUUUAUUUUUCCUGAAUGUAGCUUUAAAUAUCUACACCUUUUGCAGUUAGUGGUCAGUGUGAUACAACUGCAAAAAGGAUUCAUUCUUAUCCAAGACUUAAAGACUGUUUACCAGCAAUCCGUGGAACCCAUAAAGAGGAAUGUUGUUUAAUAGUUUGUAAAUAUUAUUUAUGGUAUUGUUUGCCUGCAAUAAAUUCUUUAUAAUGUGA